AACGCAUCUGAAUCAGUGUAUUCUUUACAGGCGUGCGUACAGUUAUACGGUGUCAGUUGACUCUAUCAUUUAAAGCUGCGUUUAACACACCUGACAGUUAUAAACCUGAAUAGAGAGUGUGUGACUUCAUUCACCGCUUGCAAAUUUUGACUAUUCACGUUUAUACCAGUAACCAGCAGCAAAAAUGAAGACCAAAUUCAUCAAUGGCGUGUCUUCCUCGCCUUCAAUGUCUCUGGGUUUAUUGGUAAAUGAAAGUGUCCUCGAAGUCCAGCCAGACAGUGGGAGCGACUGCAAAGACAUUAUUCGACCGGAUGAGCCCGACCACCAGACGAAGCAUAAGGCGUAUCUUUGGUGUAAAGAAUUCCUUCACGGAGCCUGGAAAUCCGUAGAUGAGGAUGAUUUCCAAAUCUCUAUUAUCAGGGGAGGUCUCAGCAACAAACUGUUCCUCUGUGCUUUGCCAGAGAAGCAACCGAGCAUUGGAGAUGAACCACGAAACGUGCUCCUUCGCCUGUAUGGACAAAUUCUGCAGAUGUCCUGUAAUAAAGGGGAUUCCAAAGAGUCAAACACAGAAAAUCACUUUCAGGGAGCUGACGCCAUGGUACUGGAGAGUGUGAUGUUUGCUAUCCUUGCCGAGAGGGAGCUUGGGCCCAAACUCUAUGGCAUCUUUCCACAAGGGAGACUGGAACAGUUUGUCCCUAGCCGAAAAUUGUCCACAGAUGAGCUGAGUGUCCCUGGUAUAUUUGCCGAGAUUGCGGAAAAGAUCGCCAGAUUUCAUGGAAUGAGAAUGCCCUUCAACAAGGAGCCAAAGUGGCUGUUUGGCACCAUGGACAAGUACAUGGAUCAAGUGCUUCAGCUUACCUUUACCAGGGAAACCCAUCUGCGAAAUUUCUCCCGCCUUUUGAGCUACAACUUGCCUCAAGAGAUGGACAGUCUCAAGUGUCUACUCGAAUCUACUCCCUCUCCGGUUGUUUUCUGCCACAAUGACUUGCAAGAAGGAAACAUCUUGCUCCUAAGUGGCCGUGAGAACACAGACAGACAGAAGCUCAUGUUGAUCGACUUUGAGUACAGCAGCUACAACUACAGAGGAUUUGACAUUGGAAAUUUCUUCUGCGAGUGGACUUACGACUACAACUAUGACAAGUUUCCAUUUUUCAUUGCCAACACCAAAAAUUACCCCACCAAAGCACAGCAGAUGCAUUUCUUUCAGAGUUAUCUGUUGGAAUCUCAUGCUGGAUUUGAAAACUUGAGUGAGGAGGAUCAGCUCAAACUCAAAGAGGACAUGCUAGUGGAGGUUAACAGGUUUGCCCUGGCCUCCCAUUUCUUCUGGGGAUUGUGGUCCAUGAUCCAGGCCAAGAUAUCAACUAUUGAGUUUGGGUACAUGGAGUAUGCCAUGGCCAGAUUUGAUGCAUACUUUGAGCUGAAAAAGAAGCUCAGGGUUUAAAGGAAACGUGCAUAAAUUUCCAAAUGAACAGAAGGAAGAGGGAACAAUUGCUCAUGCGAAAAGAGCGGAGCAAAUUUUGAACGUGCUUAAAAGAGGAUGCUCUGCAUCUGUAGUGAUUCAACCGUGCUGCAUGGACCAAAAUCAAUGCAACAUACGUAUUUUAAAAAAAAGGCCCUAUGCAUUGAGCGUCCCCAUAUGCUGCUUCUCAGUGUUUACAAGUUUAAGCUUCUCACAUUUAACACACCAGCCUGAGCUUCUCAAAAGCUGGAGAGUAAUGAGGCCACGUGCCAAAAAAAAACAAACAAACAAAAAGAUUGUAGGUCAGAGUUUGGGAGUGGAAAAUAUUUGUUGCAGCUGCAGUUUGAUUCGCAAGUCAAAGAAUGGUGUGGGAGAAAGUUCUUCAUACUAACUCAUGCCUUGUGGUGUUUCUUAUCACCUAGUCAUCUGCUGUAGUGUUAUCUAUACAACUGGUGAUAGAAGAUGCGCUGUGAAAGAGUAAGGUUCAAAAUCUGGACCUGUACCAGAAAAUGGUACAACAGACCAAACCACGUUAACACUGUGGUUCUGACGAUUCAGUGUUGUGUUUCCAUUUUUGGGGUGUCCGUUUUACUGGAUGAUUUACCUCCUUUCUACUUCUAUUAGAUCAUGUCUUUGAUUUCUAUUUCUAGUACAUCCGCAUGAUGUGAAGAGUGAAAUACCUAUGGGACCGCACUAUCUGCGUGCUCCUUCGGAGAGAGAUGGUAAUACAUAUCUUAAUGGUCUUAAUGGUGGAAAACUUUAUGGUUUUGACCAUAGUGGUCUCAUUCACCUCUUGUUGAGGUGCUUGUUUAUUUUAUAAGAAUUUGAUAAGUAUGAGAUUACCUGCCUGUAUCUGAUUCUGAUACUGAAUUGAUAAAUGUUAGAUAUCAGUUUUCUUUUGUAUAACAGUUGGUCCAACUGUACAGUUUCGCAGUGAACUUUAUGAAUGUUUAUUCUCCUUUUCUUUUUUAAAAAAAAAAAGCUAUAAAAACUGAACGAUAUUUACAUAAUGCAUUUAGUUUUGCAUUUUACGUUGUAUAAUCUUAAAGUGCGGUAAAGGUAUUGUUUAUUAUUGUCAUAUUUUUGAAAUGUAGGUGUAGUAAUACAAUAUUAUUAAGGCAGUCUUACUUUUUUUGCUAACGGUAAUGUCGAAGGCACUUUCUGAAGCAGUUCUGUGAAAGUUUUAGUACUUGCAAAUGUAACUUUUUUUAUUAUUUUUCUGCAACGGAAGAUGUAUUUUUCUUAAUAAGAAAAUGUGCUUGAAAUAAUAUAAGUGGAUCUCUUGGCCUUUUUUUUAUUGUACUAUAGUGGUGAUCAGUUGAUUUAUGUUUUCACAUAUCACAUAUCUUAAAUCAUAUAAAAUAAAAAAAAUAUAUAUUUAUUUAUAUGUUCAUAUAUAACUGGUCUCUGUGAAUCUCAAUAUUUGGAACAUCAGUGUUUACUAAUGAAAGGAAAAUUGAAAGUGUAGCGUUGAAUGUAAAAAACAAACGAAUAAUUGAAUAUCAUUUUUGUAUUUUAAAAUCAAUUAAUCUAAACCAGCUUUACUAAUUUGUCCAUCUGUUAACAUCAAAAUAAAGCCUGUGAAUAUACAUUAAAUGUAUAAAUAUAAAAAUGAGGAAUAGAAAAAUAAAUGUGAUUUACACUUCUGCUUACAAAAGACUUAAGCAAAAGCAUUCAACAGUUUGUACUAAUUCAUGCUUUGCAUAUGACUGUGAAUAAAGGGUUGCAAAAUGA